UACGGAGCGGCGGCGGGAUAUGCUGCUACAAUUUAUUCCGCGGAUGAAAGUGGGAUGGUGGGGAAGGAUCGGCGUUGUGCAACCUACUCCCCCGCCCCGUUAGCCUGUGAGCAGGUUAGAGGGCGCGCGCUUUUGCCCCAGGUACUUUCGUUUUACAUGCCCGGCUUUUAGAGCGGAGUUUCGGGGAUUUGUCCUCCGCCAGCGAUUAUUUGCAGCCCCGAUUCAUGUAUGCUGUUUUAUGGAGUGUGGGGGAGAAGCGUGAACAAUGGAUGAUGACUCCAGCACUCACUCCAUGCCUUUUUCCUUUACUGAGAGCUUAGAGGCUGCAAUGGAAAUAGAAGGACAUUAUUCCCAAAUUCUUUCUUUCUCCUGUGUCUCAGACCUUAAAAGUGAAGGAACAAGCUUUUCUCCUGAUUCUUAUUUAGCAAGUGGUUCUCUUAAGAGGAAUUUACUGGGGCUGGAUCCCUUUCCACUUGAUUAUGAAAAGGACAUUGUGGAAUUAUUUGAUUUUCAAUGGGUUACUGAAAUUGCUUUAGUUGAAUCUUGUACAUUUCUCUUUGGAUUAUUGAGGCAAUUUAUAUACAGAUUAGAAAACCUUGUUCAGUCAAGUUCAUCUGACUUUGGUCAAGCUGCAAACCGUCACUUAGAAGCGCAUAACACGAGACAAAAAUGUGUUGAGUUCCUGCAAUAUGUGAAAGUUUUCAUCUUCAGGUAUCUGGAGCCACAUGAAACAGAAGAUGAGUUGUUCCAUCCAUAUGAGAAACAAGAAGCACAACUCCCUUCCUUGAUUGUUGAAGAACUCUAUUCUUUGACACUGCAUAUUGGCCGCCUAUAUGACCUCCCUGCUUGCAUUCUAGAAGGAAAUACCAUUCUGCCUCAAUCAAAGUUAUUUCCUCCAUCAUGGCACUUGCUGCAUCUGUACAUAGACAUUCACUGGUCAGUGUUGGAAAUCCUCCAUCUUCUUGGUGAAAAGAUGCAAAGGCAAACCAUAUAUGCUCACAGAUUUACAAAUUUAACCGGAGAAAAUCUAACCAAUAUCAGUUUGUUCGAAGAUCACUGUGGUAAUCUCUUAUAUGAUCUGAUAAGUUUGUCAGUUAAGAGGUAUUCAAAGGUUAGGCUCUCUGAAGCUCUUAUUACUCACCACUAUACUUGUACCUGUAUAAAAGAGCUGUGGGUUCUGCUUAUUCAUCUGCUUGACCACAGAAAUAAAGCAUCUCUUACAGAGUCAUUUUGGAACUGGCUAAAUAAAAUUCUGAAGAAAGUAUUCAAAAAAAACAAUGGUACUGAUUCAGUAUCUGCCUUUGAAUCAAUUCCAUGCAAGGAUCCACUGAGCUUCAGUUGGUGGAUUAUAACCCACCUGGCAUCACUUUAUCAUAUUGACCGGAAUGGAUAUACAGAUGAAAAGAAACCAGUAGAAUCCAACUGGCCUUACGUUGAAGAUCUGCUGAAACAAUCAGUCAACAAUCAAGCUGGAAUUUUAGAAGAACAAUUACGGAUGCAUCUUCAGUGUUGCUUGACAUUAAGCCACAUCUGGGAUGUAAAUCUCACUAUUGUCACUAUAGUUUGGGAACAUUACAGCAAAAAUCUGAACAACCCCUUUACCAUUCCUUGGUUUGGUCUUAAAGGUCUUGCAAAUAUUAGCAAGACACCCUUGUCUAUGUAUGAGUUGAUAAAGAGUUACUGCAAUGACAUACAUACACCUGACAUGUAUAUAUCCUGCAACAGUUUCCAAUUUUUUCUUCGCAUUUUGGCACAAAUAAUGAAGAAAGCAGGCAAGAUUAAUGGUGUUCAUCCAUGGAAGCAGAUCAAAGGAAGAAUUUAUUCGAAAUUUCACCAGAAAAGAAUGUGUGAACUAACGGAAGUUGGACUUCAAAAUUUCUUGUACCUUUUCCUGGUGUUGGCGGCCUUAGCAGAGACAGAAGAUGUUGCUAGCCGCAUGAUGGAACUUCUGCGCUUCCUCAGUCCCACUUCUACCAGUGUUACUCAGAAAGCUCUUAUCUGGAAAGGCUACUUUGCCUUCAUCUUAACCUACAUUGACAAGAGCAUGGACAUCAGAGUGCUUGCUGAGCCACUUUCAGCAGCUUUCUGUGAAAAGGCAAAAGAAUUCUUAGUCGCAAGAAACGACCUCGUGCAGAAACAAAACCUUUGGAUGCUACUUUCCACAUAUGUUGAUGGAGUCCAAGAAGUUUUUGAAAGCAGCUUAUACCUGAACCUUUCUGAAGAAAAGCUGAUGAGUGAUGGGUUUAGUAUGUUGUUGCCAGGUUGCCGAGGAGCUGAACUCACCGCAGUGUUAAACUUCCUGCAAGCUGUUUUGUUCAGGCUGAGAGCAGCACAUGAGCAGUUAAACCAGGGACUUCGGUUAGGCAAUCCAGGCCCCAAUGCACAGCCUUCAUCAGUGGCGAAAGAGCACCACCUUGCUGUUGCCAAAGCUCUCUGGAGAAAUUUCUUUCCUUACUUGAAGGGCCAGAGGAUGGUGAAGACUCCCCCUCCUCAGCUUGCCGAUACAGCUGCAGGUUUGACUUUGUUAGCUUUGGAUUUACCCAGCACAUGUACCUCAGAUCUCCAGCCUCAGCCAAUUAUAUCUAUGAUGCAGUUGUUUGGAUGGGAUGAUAUGGUUUGCCCUCAGCUGGUAUCAAGGUAUCUAACUCACCUGAUACAAAACAGUGCACUGGCUGAAGCUCUUACUGGCAUGGGUCAUUCAUCCUACCAAUCCUUGUUUGUUCAGUCAUGGUUUCGAUGCAUUUUACAGACGUUUAUCAAUCAGCCUCCCGAGACCUUGAUCAGAACAGAUGCUGAGCAAACUACCAAUAAGGCUUAUAUGGAACAAGUGACUGAAUUUACAAGAUUGAUAUUCAAGCUGCCAGAAGUAAUAACUAUCUUCUCAAAGGCUCACUUUGAUGAGUCAGUCUACAAACAAGAUCCUAAGGAGGCUGUUUUCCGGUUCAUUGAGGCUGUUGGAAAAAACUACAGUGAGCUUCAGCAACUGCCUGAAAAAUCAGCCAUGGUGACAAAGGCAUUGGUAUAUCUUGGUGACAUAUUAAAAUAUGUAAAACCCUAUUUAGUAAAGAAAGGGCCUGCAGAAGGACUUCAUCUCACCUACAAGAUAAUAGGAUGCCUUGUGAAGUCCUGGGCAGCCAUAUUGGCUACUUCCAAAGCACAACCCCUCUUGUUCCGUAUUAUAGAUUGCUUGCUUUUGCCCCAUGCUGUGCUUCAGCAAGAUAAAGAACUACCUGCAGUGAUGUUGGCUGCCAUUCGUGAGAAUCUCCCAUUUUUUCUUCAGGGCUUGUCCUUUAUAUGUUGCCAUUGCCAGUCUCAAAGUCAGAGUGCCUAUUUGAACCAAUUGUUACGGAAUGUGAUUCACCAGUAUUUGGGACGCUUUCUUCUUCUGUCAUCUCGAGCCGGGCAUCAUCCCAUCUUGCUGGCGUUGCACGGUUCUGCUGCCACUCCAGAAGCCAUUCAUCUACACAAGACGUCUGUCCAAGUCAUCAGUGAAAAUUAUCUACAGUUCAAAGGUAAUGCCCCUCCUCCUCGCCUAGGAUCGGUGUUAGCUUUCACUCUUGAAGCACUGCAAAGGACCAAAAGCAUUGAAAUAUAUGAUGUUGAGACGUUGCUGCCUUCUGUCUUAAAGUGCCUCAUAUUGGUUAAUGAACCACAGGUUAAAAAACUCUCAACGGAGAUACUACAGUACUUGGUAGAAGGCUGCCAAACAAGGCCAGGAGGCGAGCUUGCAACCCAGCUGAUUUCUGUGUUUAGGCAGUUUAUUCAAGAUUACACUACUGUGUAUGAUAAUCAGGUUUAUAGCAUCUUGGAAACAGUGGCGAUUCUGGACCAGUCUCUGGUCGUCUGUCUGAUUCCGGUUAUGUCUGAGGCCCUGAGAAAUUCAGAGCACAAACAAGGCCUUGGCAGAAACACCUUGCAAAGAGAAGCCUACAAAAGACUUUUAUCUCACCUCACAGAGCCUGGACAAAUGGAGAUACUGAAACUGGAAAAUGAGUCCUAUUAGCAGCAUGUUGAUUGGUUUGCGUGUGUGUGUGUGUGUGUGUGUGUGUUUGUUUGUGUGUAGAGAGAGAGAGAGAGGGAGAUGUUGCCUAGAAUGCUGGUCCUUUAUGCAGACAACACAUUUCCUGUGUAUAGGUACAUAAUGUUUCUGCAUAUUUUUAUAUAAGCAGAUGUGAUUUAAUAUUUUAAAACUUCAAACAACAUAUGCAAAAUACCCUGAAUGUUUUUUCAUUUCACAUAAACAUUGGGUGCCAUUACACUCUAUCAGAACUAGAAAGCUAUGCCAAGAAUAAAAAUGUGUUAUAUACUAAAUACUAAAAAGAAAUGGGAAACACAAUCUCCAACAGUAUCUUUUUCCUGGUCCAGUAAAUCAGCACUCUUUUGUUGUCAGGUCUUUCAGUUUGACAUCUUGAAUGUUUUGCACGCCAACACUUCACAUGAGCAAGGCCAGGAUGUGGUGAAGAAACUUGAGUACCUUAUGUUAACCUUAUGUGUAUGCAUUGCGUGGAAUGGUAAGAGCUGUCCUAGCGUUGCCCCUGUUUUAAAAUCUGUAAACGUGUAUUGCAGAAUUCGACCUCUGACCCUUUCUAUGUUAUCCUUAUACUUGCUUGAGCUGUGUUCCUAUUCUUGAAUACCAAGAACUGAUUCAAUAAUGAAAACUGCUCACCAGGUCACUAUUGCUGUAUGGAUUCUCAUUCAAUAAAUUAUGCAAUUGCCACA